AUGAACAAAAAGCUUGGUUACACAAAUAUACAGGGAAACGAGAUAAACAGGAGAUUGUUUUCAUCAGAUGCCAAUGAUGGUGGAGAUGGCAAAUCUAACAAAGCUCCAGAAAGCAACAAUGAGGAGACAGCUUUGGAACAUACUCCAGUCGAUUUUAUGUCACAAGCAAGCUUAACAACUAAUUCUUUAACAUAUAGUCAAACGAAAUUGAUUCUUAUGACUUCUUUUUAGGUAUUGAAUCCAGUAUCGUUCCCGGAGUACUUCCCAAACGUCCCAGUUAUCGCUAUCAACAGAUAUCCAUUGUUUCCAGGGUUUAUUAAGAAAGUGGAUGUAAGUUAUCAGCUGAUUUUUUAUUUGAUUAUUAGAUUGUGGAUGAGACAUUGAAAGAUUUGAUCAGGAGGAAAGUCCAAUUAAGACAGCCUUAUGUUGGUGUCUUUGUCAAAAAGGCUGAUGAGUAAGUUAAUACUGUACAAUAUACCGAAUGAUUUUUAAUCUGGAUAAAUUUCACUAUAAUUUAUAAACGUAUUGCAAUUUUUUAUUUAUAGAUUUUUCUUAAAGUUUUGUAUUUUUAGUAAUGCAUCAAGUACAGUAUCUUCUCUGUCAGACAUAUAUCACACAGGAUCUUUCGCUCAUAUAAUGGAGAUGCGAGAUCACGGGUCUUACUUAGAAGUGGUUUUAAACGCUCAUAGAAGAAUUAGAAUAUUAGAAAAGUUGGAUGAUAAUGUGGCUGAAGUUGAUACGACAAAGAAUGUCGCCAAACUUAAUGGCAGACGGAUGAAGAAGGUGAAGGAGGACAAGAAGAAGAAGGAUAAUGUUGUACCUGAAGACCCAGUUCAAAGUGAAGAAGUAAAGACGGAUACUGCUGAAAAAACCGAGAAGUUGGUUUAUGUGAGGACAGAGAAUGUUGUAAUCGAAAACAUUGAACGAACUGUGGAGAUGAAGGUAAGUAGUGUAAUUUUAGGUAUAACUUUAUUAAAAGUGUAUUUGUGGUACUAUUUAUUUAAGUCUUAAUGAUUGUUUAAAUCUUUUUUAAAUACAAUAUUAGGUAAAGUUUUUUUUAUGUUACAGGCUUCGAUGCAAGCGAUAGUCCAAACAGUACGAGACAUAGUACAAUAUAGUCCUCUCUUUGCUCAACAAAUUAACUUACUCUUACAUCCUAAUCAAAAUGUGGUUGAGAAUCCAGUAUAUCUGUGUGAUUUGGUGGGUACAUUGGUUCAAACUGUCGAAACUGAAGAUGUUCAACAGAUGAUGGAGGAAACAAAGGUGAGUUACAGAUUGAUAAUUUAAAGUGUAUUACUAUCUCGAUAGCUAUUGUAACACAACUCAUUAUAUGUUUGUAGAUUCAACGGAGGCUUGAGUUGGCGUUAGAAUUCUUGGAGAAAGAGAAGACGGUAGCUAAACUGAAGCACGAUAUCAACAAGGAUGUUGAGAAAAAGGUUCAAGAACAACAUAGGAAGUACUUAUUGAACGAACAGGUGAGUCAAUAUUAAGAUACUGUAUAUGGAACGCCGUUUUAGUUAACAUAAGUAAUGUUUUACAUUGAUAAGUUGUUUUUUUAGCUAAAAGCCAUCAAGAAAGAGCUUGGACUGGAAAAGGAUGACAAGCAGACCAUAAUUGAGAAGAUGGAAGAACGCUUAAAAGGUCUGAAAGUACCUGAAUAUGCGAUGAAAGUAAUCAAGGAAGAGCAACAGAAGAUGAGCUUCUUGGAUCCUCAUUCUAGUGAAUUCAGCGUUUGCAGGUAAAAAAUCUUUGACCAUUUUAAGAGUUAGCAGUUUAUAAAAAACAAGGUUUUAAUGGUUUGGUGAGGCAAGCUGAACUUUCUCAUUAUCUACUAUAAUUAACUUGAACCAUAUUUACAGGAAUUAUCUGGAUUGGCUGUGCAAUAUUCCGUGGGGCAAAGAAGCAGAAGAGAACUUGGAUUUGGUGAAGGCAGAGACCAUUCUGAACGAAGAUCACUACGGAAUGAAAGACGUGAAGGACCGGAUUCUGGAGUUUAUCGCUGUAGCGACGUUGAAGAAGUCGGCUGGAGGAAAGAUUCUUUGUUUCCACGGCCCUCCUGGAGUGGGUAAGACCAGUAUAGCCAAGUCUAUUGCCAGGGCUUUGAAUAGAGAAGUAAGUUGUAUAGGCGUUUGCACAGUAUACAAUAGAUAUUGACAUUAGUUAUUAGUAAUGUGUUAAAGUUGUGUUGAUCCUGUUUUGAGUGUAUGAUUAUCUGCUUCGAGUAUUUGAUUACGUGACUCUUUUUUAGUACUUCCGAUUUUCUGUUGGUGGUAUGACUGAUGUAGCCGAAAUCAAAGGACAUAGACGUACUUACAUCGGUGCUAUGCCUGGUAAAAUGAUACAAUGCUUAAAGAAGGUACAGGUCGAGAAUCCACUGGUACUGAUUGAUGAGGUGGACAAAAUUGGCGGUGCCGGUAGGUGCUCGUAACGACUAUUUCUAUUAUUUAAAGAGUCUUCUUUACAAUAGCAGAUAGAUUUUUUAAAUUUUGUUGAUUUUUCGUAUUGUCAUUUGUACUACCAUUGCUUUGCAGGCUACCACGGUGAUCCAGCUUCAGCGUUGUUGGAGUUACUCGACCCAGAACAGAACGCCAACUUCAUGGACCAUUUCUUGGAUGUACCGGUCGAUCUCUCCAAAGUAUUGUUCAUCUGCACUGCCAAUGUUAUUGAUACCAUACCAAGUGCACUCCGAGAUCGUAUGGAGUUAAUAGAAGUCUCUGGAUACGUAGCCGAGGAGAAGUUGAGCAUAGCCAAAAGUUAUCUUAUUCCACAAUGUCGGGGGUUGUGGUAGGUAUAUUGUUGAUGAAAUAGACUGGUUUCUUAUAUUGUAAUUCUUUCCUGUAAAUUUUAUAAAAACUUACUAAAUACAUUGAUUUCAGUUCAUUAAACGACAGCGAACUCCAGAUAUCAGACGAAGCGUUAGAGACACUGAUUAAGCAUUACUGUAGAGAAUCCGGAGUAAGGAAUCUUCAGAAGCACAUCGAGAAAAUCUUCAGGAAGGCUGCCUACGAACUAGUCAAAGCCAGAUCUCUCAACGAACAAAAGGAUGUUGUAGUAGUGGGAAACAGUAAUUUGGACAAGUUUGUCGGUCGAGAAAAGUUCACAAGUGACAGAUUAUACGAACAAACACCUCCAGGUGUCAUAAUGGGAUUGGCAUGGACGGCGAUGGGUGGUUCAGCUCUUUACAUUGAAGCUUCUUUAAGGAGAAGAUACAUCCCCAAUCAGAUAGUAGAUGAGAAGGACAAAGACAAACCCAAACAUGUCCCAGAAGGAUCCCUCGAGGCUACAGGACAUCUGGGAGAUGUCAUGAAGGAAUCCAUGAAGACGGCCUACACCGUGGCCAAGAACCAGAUGCUCAAGAGAUUCCCCGACAAUCAACUGUUGGAACAAGCACAUAUCCACGUACACGUUCCAGAAGGCGCCACUCCAAAGGACGGCCCUUCUGCCGGAUGCACGAUCACCUCCGCCUUGUUGUCUUUGGCAUUAGGAACACCGGCCAGACAGAACAUAGCCAUGACUGGUGAGAUAUCACUCACCGGAAAGGUUCUACCAGUCGGAGGCAUCAAGGAGAAAAUCAUCGCGGCCAAACGAUCGGGAGUCAACACCGUCAUUCUGCCUUCUGAAAACAAGAAGGACUACGACGACUUGGCCGACUUUGUCAAGAACGAUGUCACAAUACACUUUGUCGAGCACUACGAUGACGUGUUCAAGAUAGUAUUCCCAGAUCAGGAUUAG